UAGCUCGCACUCUCGCGGAUUCUCGCCUCUCGCAGCUACGUUCAACGUGUAUACGACUACACAUGUGCGUUCGUGCGCGCGACCGCUGACGUUGACAGCUGCCCGUUGCUGCUGGGUUGCUGCUUUCACACGUGCACAUUCACGCUCGCGCGCGCACGCGAUUGCCGUUCAUACGUCAUAAGAACCGAGAGCACGCUGUCGAACGGCUCAGAUUGUAUUUCGGAGCAGUGCGUAUCGUACGUAUUCGCGAAUAUAUCUAGCAAGAGUGACAGUCCGUUAGAACUUCUCUAUCAAUUUUUUUAAUCCUCCGUUUCUCCGUAUUUCCGGCUGCCUUCUGCUCGUGUCUCUACAUACGUGGCGGGCGAGCUACUUUGAUAACAUGUGCGGAAUUUUUGCUUAUCUAAAUUACUUGACGCCGAAGAGCAGAAAGGAGAUCUUGGAACUGUUGGUUGUUGGCCUAAAGAGAUUAGAAUAUCGCGGAUAUGAUUCUGCAGGCGUUGCCCUCGACAGUGCGGAUGGCAAGGACAUCGCGAUUAUUAAGAAGCAAGGAAAGGUCAAGGCUCUCGAGGAGGAAAUAUUUUGCCGUACCAAUCUUGACUUCGAAUCGGAAACUCAAUACCACGUUGGCAUUGCUCACACGCGAUGGGCGACCCAUGGUGUUCCAUCGGAGGUAAAUGCUCAUCCUCAGCGCUCUGACAGCGAGCACGCCUUCGUCGUUGUUCAUAAUGGUAUCGUGACGAACUACAAGGAAGUUAAAACUCUGCUGCAACAGAGAGGAUACGUGUUCGAAAGUGAUACCGAUACUGAAGUUAUUGCCAAAUUGAUCCACCAUCUCUGGGUACAACAUCCUGCGUAUUCGUUCCGUGAACUCGUCGAGCAGGUUGUUCAGCAAUUGGAAGGAGCUUUCGCGUUAUGUUUCAAAAGCAAGUAUUUCCCAGGCGAGUGUGUAGCUACGAGGCGAGGAUCACCGCUUCUCGUUGGUAUCAAGACGAAAACGAGACUGGCUACCGAUCAUGUGCCUAUUCUUUAUGGAAAAGACGAUCUUCAAUGCGCAAUAAACAAAGAAGGUGAAGCACCGUCUCAAGAUCAUCGUCCGCAUGGCAGAAAUCCAGAACUCCCGGUCAUACCGCGUAGUGAGAGCACAUCCGAGUUUCAACCUCUUGAGGAUAAAGAGGUCGAAUAUUUCUUCGCUUCCGAUGCGAGCGCCAUAAUCGAGCAUACAAAUCGCGUGAUAUUUUUAGAGGAUGACGAUGUGGCGGCUGUUAAAGAAGGCGCGCUGAGUAUUCAUCGUCUUCGUCGUUGCAUGGAUGAUCCUCAUGCUCGUGAGAUUACGACACUGAAAAUGGAAAUUCAGCAAAUCAUGAAGGGCAAUUACGACUACUUCAUGCAGAAGGAAAUUUUCGAGCAACCAGAGUCGGUGGUGAAUACUAUGAGAGGACGUUUGAAUUUUCAGGACAACUCAGUCACCUUAGGCGGAAUUAAAGAUUACAUUCCUGAGAUCAAAAGAUGCAGACGUCUUAUGCUAAUCGGUUGCGGUACGAGCUAUCAUUCUGCCAUAGCUACGCGUCAGCUUCUUGAGGAACUGACAGAAUUGCCAGUGAUGGUUGAGCUUGCAUCCGACUUUUUGGAUCGUAAUACCCCAGUCUUUAGAGACGACGUCUGCUUCUUUAUUUCUCAAUCAGGCGAGACAGCUGACACAUUAAUGGCACUACGUUAUUGUAAAAGCCGCGGAGCUCUUAUCGUGGGUAUAACUAAUACAGUUGGUAGUAGUAUCUGUCGUGAAUCUCAUUGUGGAGUGCAUAUCAACGCUGGUCCUGAGAUCGGUGUAGCAAGUACUAAGGCUUACACCUCGCAAUUUAUCUCGCUUGUAAUGUUUGCACUGGUAAUGAGCGAGGACAGAAUUUCUCUUCGCGCGAGACGUUUACAGAUUAUCGAAGGAUUAAAAAAUCUCGAUAAUCUUAUUCGCGAAGUAUUGAAGCUCGAUGAUAAAGUCAAGGAGCUAGCCAAAUCUUUGUUUCAACACAAGUCUCUAUUGAUCAUGGGCCGCGGAUACAAUUUCGCUACGUGCAUGGAAGGUGCACUCAAAGUAAAAGAGUUGACAUACAUGCACAGCGAAGGAAUUAUGGCCGGUGAAUUGAAGCAUGGUCCGUUAGCUCUCGUUGACGAUUCCAUGCCGGUAAUUAUGAUUGUAAUGAGAGACCCAGUGUACGUGAAAUGCAUGAAUGCACUUCAGCAAGUUACCGCGCGGGACAGUAAGCCCAUUGUUAUCUGCGAGGAAGGGGAUGAGGAAACGAAGGCUUUUGCCGAUAGAGCUCUCGAGAUACCUAAAACCGUCGAUUGCCUGCAAGGAAUUCUCACCGUCAUUCCCAUGCAGUUAUUGUCUUUCCACAUAGCGGUUUUGCGUGGUUGUAACGUUGAUUGUCCGAGAAACUUGGCGAAAUCAGUUACAGUUGAGUAAAGAUGAAAUGGAUUGUGAAAUUUUUUGGAUUUACACAAAUUUGCUAACGUGGCUACAAAUUUUUCUUAAGCUAUACGAGAGUUAUGGAUAGAGAAGAUAAGUAAUUAUAAAUAUCGGGCAAUUAAUAAUUGAAUAAAAUACACGCGCAAAACCGGCGUCAGAGGAUAGUACGUUUCUAUCUUCUAAAUUUUAUUAAAUUCAUUUAACUCGUAUUGCUUAUUCGCGAUUUAAAUUUAUAUGACGCCUGAUAAUUGUUUUAUCAAAGCAAGAAGAUAAUACAAACAAAUAAUAAUUAGAGAUGUGUGUCAAGUCCUUUUUCAGAGAUGACGAAUCAAUUAAAGAUUCGCUCUCUCAUAUGUCUUUUAUAAAUAUUAUAUUGCGCAAUAUUAAUUAAUG